GUAGAUAGGAGGACGAAACGAACCAACCCACUUGUCCUGAUCGGAAGAAGAAAGAAAGAGAAUGGUGGCUCCUUUUGCCCAGGGGACAUCGUCGGAGAACAAUGUCGGGGACAGGGUGAGAACCUUCCGUUGGUUACGCCCUUUAAGUGUCGGUUCUUCCAUAUUUAGAUAUGGAGAUAGAUCCAUAUAGAGAUCUAUAUCUUUCUAUCGAUAAAUAGAUCUAUUGAGAAAUGGAUAUUGAUCUGGUUUCAAGAUCUAUGAACAAGAGAGAUCCCUAAAUAUCCAUUUGAGAAAAUAGAUGAAUAGAUAGGGCGAAGCCAGCUGAAGGAAGGUCGCGUUAGCGCCCCCUAUUUCACUAAAGCAAGAAGGGAGAAAGUUGACUUUGAGAAAGAAGGGCUUCUAUUUAGAUUAGUUUCUUAGUAAAAGAUAAGGCAAGAAGCAAGGGCGUAGCAGCUGCGCGAAAGCCGUUGCGCCGACGCGCAUCCCUUUUCUUGCUCGUUAGCGCCCCCCUACCCCUAUUAUUUAGAUUAUAGUCAUAAAGGAACUAAAGGAAAUUUGACAACCUUACUAAUAGAAAGGGGAUGCGCUCAAGCAUGCGAAGAAAGCUCGAAGAGCUUCUCUUAUAUUAUAGAAAGGUUUGUAGAAAGGGGAUUCUUCAAAUAUCCCAUGUUGUAGGGGCUUCAAAGAAAGCUUGUAGUUUAGGGGUGCGCAGGUUUGGAACCCUAUACAAGGGGCUAGCGCGCAAUGGCUUUCUCUGAUAGAGGCUCGCUUCUUCAAGUUCAAGUUCCGCUUGCUGCUUUUCAUUUUGAUAGGAGUAGGUGCUUGCAGCUCGCUCGCUGUCUACUAAAUGAGCCUUCACUGCCCGCCCGGCCCCUAUCUUUAAUCUUAAGUAAAGUGAAGUCAAAUCAAUGAAGUGAACAGCCCAACCUCUUUGUUUGAAGCUUUGCCAGGAAGCUUCUACUUGUUGAAGCUUUGUUUCCCCUAAUUCCGAAACACAACAAUAGACUUGCCACUAUAGUCUAGGAAAAAGCUUCUCUUUGAUAAGCGGUCAUAGGGGAGUUCAGAAAGGAUCUGAUCGUAGAUAGAGACUUCAACCUGUGCGGGGGUAGGGGCGGAUGUAGCCAAGUGGAUCAAGGCAGUGGAUUGUGAAUCCACCACGCGCGGGUUCAAUCCCCGUCGUUCGCCCAUCAAUAAAUGGACCGUUUGUUUCGGAGACAGAAGACAAACCUAGAAAGCAUUUUUUCUGCAAGUCAUCUCGAGGCUUUCAAACGCAUCCAAGCAAUUGGUAUCCGAUUGAAAGAUAGAAAGCAUAGAUUCGCGUCGCCUACUUGCUGAAAGCAAAAAUGGAAUGGCCGAUCAUGAAUUCUAUGACGUUUUUAAGACCUCACUAAUCAGCCAACCACUUUUUAGUUCAUAAUGAAUGAACCCCCGGAUGAAGAAAAAAUCUCCCCUCCCUUUUACUAAACCAUGGGGAGCCCCGAGUAGUUUACCGGACAAAUUGAGUUGUCGUGACGAUACCUUUCAACAUCGGAAAUUCUCUUCAUCACGAGACUGAUCGGAUCUGCCGUAGACACCCGAGAGAUCUUCACAAGGCAGGCUAAAAUAAAAGACUAAGAGGCGCUGCAAGCGAGCAAAGAGUUAUGCUUUCAUUUCUUUGUUGAGAUUGAAAUCUUGGGAAAAGGUUAGGUAUAAUGCACGCAGGCUAAGUCAAGAAAAGGACUUCCUUACUUUUCAUUCAUAGUAGUCUUAAUGACUAGUAGUUUGAAGCCUUAAGAAAGCGGUUUUUUUUCGGCACUCGCUUCCUUCGUCUUAAGUAAAGUUCAGUUGACUUUUUCGAUUCGGAACUCUUAGUCGAGCUGAUGGCGAGAUCGAUUUUUUGUUCGAGGUUCAAGAGGAAGGAGAGGAACCACCGCCCAAUGGUGCUUUUACGAAAGUAUGGUCACCGGUGGCUAAUACCUUCUCGAGACUAUCGAACCUGAAAUCCACUUUCCAUCGCUCUUUUUAGGUUGGCAUAAUAUAGAAAGAGAGUGCCAAGAAAGAACACAUACCUAUCACUUUUGGAAGGUUUGGAACCCUUACUCAACAUAGGGUCCAAAAACCCGACAUACCCUUUUUUUAGAGCGUAUAAGGGGAAAAGAGCUCUUGCAUCGUUAGCCGCUUUUCAGCAUUUCCUGCCUGAGUUGUUGACCAUCACCUGACCUCACACGGGAGGCCCCGCGCCGAGUGAUUCUCCCCCAAAAAAGUCUACAUGUGAUGUUCCGAAAACAGAAACAUGUGAUUUAGUAAAUGUGAACCCAUUGUGGGGUGCAACCAGGGAACAACUAUCAACUAGUUUGAAAAGUUCUUCCAUUUAGUAAUGGAAGUCAUCCGUUGUCACUUUCGUUGGGUAUGGUAGAGAGGCUUGAGAAGGUGGACAAUCCUUCAGUGAAGACCUAACGAGAGGCUGAAUUCAAACACACCCAAAAUCCACAAGAAUCGUACGAACAUCUAUGGAGCGUAG